ACCGGAAGCAGGUGAGCGAUGCGGAGCGGCAGCGGCAGCAGAUGAUGGAGCUGGCGGCGCUAGCGGUCACCCGCGGCAGCGGAGGCGGUGGCGGUGGCGGCCCCUCCGCCGCCUCCUCCUCCUCCCUCAGCGGCACCUGGCACUCCUGCACGCAUGCAGCCCACGUGCGGCCCAUGCUCACCGUCAGCGGCGAGGCGCUGCUGGCGGCGCUGAUGGCUGCCGUACAGCGCGCGGCCGACGCGACGGCGGCGGAGCCAGUGUUGGCCGCGCUGGUGACGUUGGCUCAGUUGGCAGGACUGGCGGGGCUGGAGGAGCUGUGCGAGGCGGCGGUGGCGGCGCUGGCGGCGGCGGGCAGUGUGGCGGCGCCGGCGCCGUUCGGCACCUCCGCCGCCGGCAAGCAGCUUGCGGCGCUGCGUGCGCUGCUGGGAGCGGUGGGCAGCCCGGAGGCGGGGCAGCUGGGCAGCGCAUGGGCCAUCAUACUGAGGACGGCUUCGGAGCUGGAGGCGCUGGUACGCGUCGUGGCACGGCCGUUGCAGCCGGG